CAAGUUUUGUUUAUGCACUUAAUUAAUCAUUAAUUUUAGCUUAUUUCAUUGUGACAGUUCUUGUUUUAGCAUACAGCUGUUUGACAAUUACUGCUGGCAGUUAUUUGAGUUGAUGUGAAUAAACUUUAACUAAAAUGGCUUCAUCAAAGCUGUCAAGUAAAGAACAAUUAAAAAGAAUAAUAUAUUUAAGCAGCCCAAACAACAUAUACAUCUCAGGCAAUCCAGAAACAUACUCAUGGUCAAAAUAUCCAAUAAACUUGGAUGUUCUCGAUCUAAAUGACAAACCAGAGGAAUUUUUAUCAAUUAUCGUCUCAACUUCUGAUUGUAAAUUUAUACCCAGACGCGAGACACUAUUUUAUAUCUUGGCCCUGUAUGCCGCCAAUCCGAAACUUACACCUGAAGUUAAAGAAAAAAUUACUGAGGAGGCUUUAAAGAUUACCAAGUCAGAUGAUGAUUUUUUCAAUUACAUUAAGUAUUCGACUCAGUUGAGAAACAAUGUUACGAAAAUUUCGACCAAUUUGAGAAAAUACAUUUGCAAGUAUUACAAGAAUAAAACUGCAGACAAACUGGCUGAUUUUUACAAGGAUAGAAGAAAAUGUCAUGGUUGGUCUCACAAAACGCUGUUCAAACUUUGUCAUAUCAAAACAGAUACAAUCGAAAAAAGUCUGAUUGUUAAAUACAUUUUGUACAAAGAGGAAAAUUUCGACGAAAACAUUAAUAAUGAUAAGGCAAAAGAACUAAUUCAGGUGAUUAAGAAUGUUGACACAGUUAGCUCUGCUAAGAAUUUGGAGGAUGUUCUUCCUAUUAUUAAAAAGUUGAAGCUAACGCACCAACAUUUGUCGCAGGAAUUGCAAAAGAAAGCUGAAGCUUGGAAUGCUGUUUUGCCUUUCAUGGAGGUACAAGAUGUUUUGAAAGUUUUGCCUAGGUUGUACAAGAACGGAUUUUUGAAACUCAAUUCCGAAACUCACAAUAGGGUCGUCGAAUGUUUGACCGACCCCAACAGAGUCAGGUCGAGCACCGUUAAUCCCGUCGAGGUUUUUAUACAUCUGAAAAAUUUCGAGAAAGGCGGAAAGCCAAUCGAUCCGCAACUCCUUGAUCAUUUGGUUAAAGAUAAGCAGUUAACUGAGGAGCAGCUGUUGAAAGUUAAAACGACGGAACCAAAAUGCCAGAUUUUAAUUGGCACCAUCCACAAAUGCAUGUCGUUGUCUUAUCACAAUGUAAAGGGGACAGGAUUGAAAUACCUUCUUACCGUUGACGUUACAAAUAAAAUGGACUAUCCUUGCUUGCAUAGCAGGAAUAUCACCGCUAUCGAAGCCACCCUUUCGUUGAUCCUCUUCUACUUGAAGACUGAACAAAACGUUACUGUUGCAGUAUUUAAAGACAAAGAUGUUGUUACAGUUGAUUUAAAAACAGUCGACUCGGUAGCGGAUAUGCUGAAAAAAAUAAAGGACCACGAAAGUACAUAUCUGGUUCCAACUGCUGGUUUAGAUUGGGCCCUCAAAAAGUGCCACCAGUUUGACGUGUUCAUCAACUUCAUACAUCACGUGAAUAUCGCCAAUAAAGUUCCGAAAGAACUACGAUCGAACUUCUUUUCCUUCAACAAACCGUUGGAGAAGUAUCUUAAAACGGUUAACAAAAACGCAAAGGUUAUAAACGUAAGUUUUGCCUCACGAAAGCUGGCGACUUCCAACGGUUCACCGCAAAUCAUCGAUGUCGUCGGACUUGACGAAGGUACGCUGAAAGUGUUGCAAAGUUUCACCAAUGGAAAGUUUCGCUAAACACUUUCGCAAACACGAAAUUUAAAACUGAGAUAUUUAUUGUCCCUAAAAAAAAGUGUUCAUUCAAAACGAAAAAAAUAUUUUUGUUACGGUUUCUACAAUAGUAAUAAUCGCGAAUACAGAAUUUUGAUAUUGACUUUUUUAACGGACGCAAAACUAGAUUUUAGAUACAUGUUUAUCUAGGUUUAAUUAGGUAAAAUGUUAUUUUUUUUGGUCUCAGUUAUUGACACGGCUAAUAAAUAGACAUUUCAUUUAGGUUGGUUUGCUCAUUCUUGUGAACUUAUUUCGAAUGUUUCUUUUUGUUUUCUAGUCAACUUGAAAUCAUCCUGAAUUGAAACAAUAGUUAAAUUAUUACCUAUUUAUUAAGCUGUGUUGUUUUUUAAGCACUCACUUUAAAAUGUGCCUUCCAAUCUCAUGUUUUUCUUAAAGAAUUUUUUUUAUUUAUUUUUAACUUCAUGUAAUGGGUUGAAGAAUUAUUUAACUUAAUUCUUUUAAUUUAAUUAAUAUGCAUGAUUAUUUUUAUAAUAAAAACAAAGGACGUUUCAAAAAAUAAUAACUGAUUAAUUUCUUAAAAACUCUAAAAAAAGACAGCUUUGUUUUUUGAAAUUGUCCGAACUAUUUUUAAAUUCGUGGCUUUAAAAAGUAUUUAAUUUAUUUAAUAAAAAAAUAUUUUUUACUAUGAUAUUUUAUGUCUAUUGUAGGUAACUAUUGUGAAAUUUAAAGCUUUACUUUCUUUCGAAUCUUAUGUUAAUUUUUGUAACUUACAAUUAGUAUAAUAUUUAUUUAGCAUUUAAUACUUAUGCUGAUAUUUUAUGGGAUAAUAGUUGUUUUGUUCUAGCCUUUUUAGUUAGUAAUACACACAAUAACACAAUGUUUCUAAACCUCAAAAAAGUGUUUUAGAAAAAUCACUUAACUCCUUGUUUUUCAUUAGUAAUAAUACUUAAAAUGUUAGUUCCCGGAUUAUUGUUACAUGUAGUAUUAAUUUUUAAAAUCAACUGCUUUCUUGUUUGCUUGUUGCACUUUUACUGUGCAAAAGAUUAAAACGGAUUUUUCAAGACUGUUUUUUGUAAUUUCAAUAACCCCGUUUUCGUGCAACGAAAAAGCAGUUACUAAAUGUUCAUUCUUAUUUAAAUGUGAGCUUUAAAUAUUAUUUCUACAUUUUGUCUUUGAUAGAAGCAUUUGUAAAUUCAGUUAAUUUUAAUGUCAAUUUCAUUUUGCAAUUUCAUUUUUGUCCAUUUAGAGCUUGAAUAUUUUAUAGAUUCGAUGUUUUCUGUGAUAUUUAUAUUUUUAAUUUUUGAACCAUCCGUCUUGCUUUUGAGGACUGCCGUUCAAGCUCUAAAAUUUUAAAUUCAUGUCAUUUGAUUAAAAGUUUCUAUACUGAAAAUCACAUUAUUUUAUAUCACGGUGCUAUAAACGUUCAGCACAUCUAUACAAUUAGUACUAGAUUAAAAAAAUGUCGUUACAUAAAUCUUUUCUUAGAAUAUGAACACCCCGCAAUAUUAUACCGAUAUUUUUUUAAUUCAAGUUAGAUUAAACUUAGGAAAUAAUGGUCGAAAAAUGCGCUCAUUUUUUCGAAUAAACUUUGUUCAUUGAUACCUAAACUACCUUCAUCCAUGUGAUUAUUACAAUAAAAACACUUUUAUCUCAAAGUUACUGUGACUAAAGGCUGUAAACAAUUUUUUUGUUAACGGAAUAUAAAACGGAUUUUUUUGUUUUCUAUAAAAUUUGUGUUGUUUUGCAUGCAAAUAAAAUAUUAAUAUUUGGAA